CCACUCUUGUCCUUCUGUGCCUCACCUUCCAUCUAAUAUAACGAACACAAUAUGAUAUAUAUGGAAAUGCUAAUGAUUGAAAAUAGCCAACUUUCAUCUCAUAUAAUAAACAAAGUGUGUUUUACUGUAGAAGCUCAUUAAGUGCAACAUUUUUUUAGCGUAAAGCUGUUUUUUGUGUAAAAUUUCAUCCCGCUAUUGAUGUACUCAACCCUCGAUUUGCCGGACCUCCAUUUGCCGGAUUUCGGAUUUGCCGGACAAGAGUCCGUGGGGUAAAAAAAAAAAAAAAAAAAAAAAAAGUCCGGGACAAGUCGAUUUCAAACUACCGCGCCAGACAAAGUUCGCAAAUCGGGCACUAGAUGGCAGCGCGGGCGGACAUACACGUCUAGUACUGGACUGUACACAAGUCUGCCGCGUCACACGAGUGUUGUGCUUACGUGCUUGUCGUGGAUACACCUCUUCUUCACAACGAUGCCACCCAAAAACCCACCAAAGAAAGUAACCAAGCGUACAGCUAAACCUGUGCACCUUUCUGUGUCGCAAAAACUGGAACUUUUACGUAAAAUAGAUGGAGGAAUGAGUGUUGCCCAAGUCUGCGAGCUGUAUGGGGUGAAAAAACAGACAGUUUCGGACAUAAAAAAAGCUAGAGGAAAGUUAGAAAAUUAUGCAGUUAAAUUUGCUGUGUCGGGAAAGGGUGAUGCAACUAGAAAGCAUAUGAAAGACCCGAAAUGUGUUGAACUUGAUUUGGCAGUGUACAAGUGGUAUACCCAGGAGCGUGCAUGUGGGGUGGAAGUGAGGGGAGUGGAGUUGGCCGCUAGUGCUGCUAAGCUUGCUGCCCACAUGGGUAUUGAGUUCAAGGCCAGUGAUGGGUGGCUCUGGCGCUUCCGCAGGCGCCAUGGCAUCCGCAAUCUGGCUGUGACAGAUGAGGCUGAAAGUGCCGAUGCUGAAAUGAUUGAACCUUUCCGUGAUGAUCCGUAUAUAGCAAAAAAGAUAUACUUGCAAGAUAAGAAGAAUAAGAAUUCUGCAGAAAUAGGACUCCAAAACCAUCAUGGCAGUCACACCCCAACCCAGCUCAGCCGCCCUGACAGUCAGCAGCAAGGGAAGGGGACCCAGAAGCCGGGACGAGGGUCAAAGUCAAGAAAAAAACCCACCACAUGCCAAGUCCUACCGCUUACCAAUCCAUUUGACAGCGAUGCUCCAUCAGACUGUGAGAUGGAGGAGGAUGCACCACCACCAAACCCCCCUCCAGCAGAACAACUUGCCCCCACACCAGAGCCUCCAGUUUGUACCCCACCCGAAACAAGACCCCCUUCGGCAACGCUCUCUACCACGUCGACAGCCGGUUCAAUGCUGCCACCUGAGGUCCCGGCUUCCCCUGCACCACCAUCACUGGACGGACAGGAAGAGGCUUUACCAUCACUGGACGGAGAGGAGGAGGCUUUACUAUUACUGGACGGACAGGAAGAUGCUCAACCAUCAUUGGACGGACAGGAAGAUCUGCGACCUACUUCACCAGAGGAUGUGUUGUCUGUGCCCCCUAGUGAGUCAUCACCGCCGCCACAGCAACCACCAAAACGCAAGCGCUCUGAUAACGCUUCAGUGCCAGAGCAGCGGUCCGAGGACGUAAUGGACCUUAAGUAUAAGGAACACGAGUUGGACAUGGAAAUUAAGAGGACGGAGCAGGAAUGUGCUAUCAUGGAAAAGGAGCUGAAACAAUUAAAUUUGGAAAUGGUUAAAAUGGAUUCCGAAGUAAAGAGAGUGGAACUAAAGGUAUUAAAUUUAUCAUUGAAGAAUAAAGAAAUACAAACUCAGACUUUUCAAAAUGAAUUACAGAACUCCAAAAAGAUGUCUCGUGUCCUUGACGUGUGGGAAAAUACGGCGGUAACUGUGCAGACUGCUGCUAGCGGGAUAAUAGACUAUUUGAAUCAUUUAAAAUCUUGACCAGUUCUAUAAAUGUACUAUAUCUAAUUCUAUUGUUAUUGUUAUUAUUUGGGCACCUACAGUGUGUGUGUAGGUGUGUGCGUUUCCCUAUUGUGGUCACCUGUAUGUAGUUUGUCUUAGGUAUUUUUUCACUUUCUGAAGCACACAUGAGAUAUUGAUCUGCUUAGGAGAAUAAAUCCUUCCCCAAUAAACCCGGGGUUCGAAUCUGGAGACAGGAGGAAGACACUAUCAUGGAGCCAAAGGGGCCCCCGUGACUGAAGGCUUUUAGGAGUCUUUACCCACAUCUUAAGUCAUUACAAGUGUACAAGAUUUGAGUUAGCUUUGUGUUGUCCUGUCUCCAGAUCUUCUGUUAUCCAGCUCAGUCUUAGUCCUGUAUGUUCCUUGCUUGUGCCAUCUUCACAUCCAGUUCACUCAAAGCAUCUGUAUUUCUAUAUGAGAAACUAAAUUUCUUGACAUUAUUUCUGUAAGGACACCUGUGAUUGAUUGUUGGCAGGCAGGUUGUCUGACAUCUCCAAGGCCCAACACACUGAUAUAGCACUGAUAGGCUUUCUUGAUGGGGUUUACUGGACGGCCUCAGCCUGUAAUUGUGUAGGCAAGUGUUUUAUAGUGGUACACUCGGACGCAAUGAUAUUGUAAUCUCCAGAUUGGGCAAGGAAGUUAGCCCGCUUCGGACCACUCCACCACUCCACCAAUAGCUUUUUAUUCCAUGCUGAUUUUUUCCUAAAAUUAUUAAGCUACUGUAAGAAGAAACAAUGCCACCUGACAAAGGAAAUUCUCCUGAGGAUGAUGGUAGCCACAGAUUUUGGGUAAGCUAGAAAGGAAGGGAGGCAAGCAAGCUUUUAUACAAAACUGUAGGUGAUGGACAAGUGGCUUUGUAGUGUAAAAGCACAUAUAGCCUAAUGUUACAAUUUAAUAAGUUUGUAUUAAAGCUUUCUUACCUUCCUUCCUUUCUAACCUACCCAAAAUCUGUUGAUACCAUCAUCCUCAGGAGAAUUUUCUUUGUCAGGUGGCAUAGUUUGUUUCUACAGUAGCUUAAUAAUUCUAGGAAAAAACUGGCAUGGAAUAAAAAGUUAUUGAUUGAGUGAUGGGGGUGGAGGGGGGUGUCUGAAGUGGGCUAACUUCCUUGCCCAACCUGGAGGUUACACUAUUAUUGUGUCUGAGUGUACCAUCAUGCAUGGCUCAUGCUGGGUUGAUAGGGUCUUCAGGACAGCAUGACGGUAGUCUAGGCAUACCUCCAUUAUCUGCUCAUUCUUUUCACAAGUAGCCCAUCACUGCUUUUUAUCUUGCAAGCGUCACUCUUUCUUCCCCCGUAUCUGUUGAUUUCCUUCAUUAGGAUCUUUUUGUUCUCCAGAUAUUUUGGUGAUAUCUCACUACCCAAGUCCUCAUCUACUCCCUCUUAACUUUCCUCAACCUGUCUUUUCACCAGUCCCUUAUUCUCUACUGUGUUCAUCAUCAUCUCAUUAAUGCCUGCUCCUAGGGGCUCCCACCAGGGGAUGGCCAUGGCAGAAGAGUUUCCAUUCUACCAUUUCGUAACCAAUGAGGUUCAUCUACUGUGUUGUCUCACUUAUUUUGGAGAGAAUAGGAGUCAAAGGGCUUCUUUUAUUCUAUAGGAACCUGUUCUGGGCAAAAUUACCAUCACUCUCCCCUUAACCCCUGCAAACUGUGCUCAUUUAUGGAAUCUUGGGUGAGAAAAUAGUUCAGAUAUUAGUAUUUAUUGUAGUAUUUUUGUUUUAGAUGAAACAGUACAUUCUGUUCAUGCAUGUGACGAAGACAUUGAGAUCUCGAAAAAUUUUACAUAUACUACUUUGGUAGCGUAGUUCAGAACAACGGUGGGUCCCGCCUGGAAGUCUAAUGGCGGAUUGGCCUCAGUUAUGGACUCACUCAGCACAAGUAUAUGGCGUUGUCGAUACCUGUGUAGAAGUACAAAGAUUCGGAUCUUCAAGUCGCUAGGGACUUGGAGAGACAGAUUGAUGCCUUUGGUAAUAAGUGUCCACAGAAUCAUGGGAAAUUGCUGGAAUGACGUGUGUGUCAAACCAGCAACUACUUUGUGAGACUGAUUCGACAUGUAUCAUCUGCAUAGUCUGUCAAUAACAAUUCAGGCUGUACAGGCAUGUGGGAUGCUACUCAGAAGCAACCCUGCUCACUGGGUUGUCUGCAAGGUGCAAUCUAAGAGGGCCCCCUGGGCUUGGCGUUGUAGGGUGGACGAGGCGACGUUCCCCCUGGUGUACGGCCCCAUUGAUUGAUUGAUUGAUUUUUGUGUCCCCUUAGUUGUUUGUGGCUUGCCUUGCUUCUAAAGUGUGUAAGUAUAUUGUUAUUUAUUGGAUUUUUUUUUUCAGUUUAUUUGGUUGUUUUUGGAGAGAGAGAGAGAGAGAGAGAGAGAGAGAGAGAGAGAGAGAGAGAGAGAGAGAGAGAGAGAGAGAGAGAGAGAGAGAGAGAGAGAGAGAGAGAGAGAGAGAGAGAGAGAGAGAGAGAGAGAGAGAGAGAGAGAGAGAGAGAGAGAGAGAGAGAGAGAGAGAUUCAGUACUAUGCAGAAACAUAUAAUUUUAACAUUUUAGCAUUGUCUGUCAUGUGUGUAAGGAUUAUUAUAACUUAGCUUCAUGACUUCAUUAUUACAUACCUGCCAUACACAUUUGAGUCAUCAUAUCUCCCUUUUUUAUGUAUGUAUGUGUGUUAACUUGUUGCUUGCAUCUUUUAUAUACCUGAAUUGUCUUGCCUUUUUUGUGUGUAAGGGUGUAAUAAUUUGUUUACAUAUUUUUACUUGUGGAAAUAAAUAAUAUUGACACUUC